AUGCAGCAAGAAAACCGCCAUAGCAUCAAAGUUCAGUUGAUGGAUGGGCGAUCAGUAGACAUUUGCACGGAAAGCGGAGCCAAUUCAUUCUUGAAAUCUGGUUCCAAAUGCCAUGACUACAUGGCAAACAAUGUCGAAAAGAUGUCCAAGAUCUGUGCCAAGCGAAAACUGAGUGCGAAAGAUAAGGGUGAUAUAAUGGCGAUGAAUUUGGUCUUCGACUCCGUUGCACAAUAUGGUAGUCACAAUAUCUUUCGGAAACAUUUUGAGCACAGUACUAUCAAGGCUUGGCUCGCUCAUGUCAUUGAACAAAUCCAGAGAUUCACCACGAACCGCAACUGGAUCACUACCGGAAACUUAUCAACCUACGAUACCUCUCUACUCAACUCUUGCAUUUCCAUGAUGUGUCAUGCUGUCCCCGUUGCAAUCGCCUUUGAGACUGAAUUUUUCAACGUUUUGGCAGACUUUGUGAAAGCUCGCAAGGGCAAUGGAAGAGCCUUACCCUGUGCCGAUAUUGCAGAUACGAUCACUCUCAUUGUCUCCAACGCUUACAAUACAAGUAAAAAUACUUAUGACAACACGUGGACAACCGAGAAAUCGUUGAAGAAGUUGGAAGCCACUGGAGUCCUCGAGCAAUUCAUUCGAUGUGCCACAGUUCCUCAGGCACAUGAUUUUAGUGCCCCUGGUUUGUUUCGGAUGCUUGAUGAAUUUCAAGCAUGUAUCCCCUUCAUUAGCAAGAAACUACUACAGGGGCAACCAUGUGGGGAGGUUGCAAUGGCCAUUCUGGAAGGCAGAGACGGAAGCAGGGUCCAGCGGCCCAGUGUCAUCAAUCGGCUGAAGACCAUGCUUCGCUUUGCGACUUCUAUUGACCCAGACCACAAAUGUGGCGAUGGGAACAAAAUGUGCCGAAAGUGUUGCAAAUCGGACCAUUCAAAAUCCUUCCAAUCGUCGCUCAUGAAGUGCGCUAGAUGCCACCAGGCUUAUUAUUGUAGCAGGGAAUGCCAAAAAUCAGAUUGGAAAGAGCACAAGAAAACAUGCAUCACCAAGACAAAAUCCGAAAUAGUAAAGUCUGAAAACAUUCAACAGACAUUCACGGCAUUUUGCACAAACCAAUACGUUCACAUCAUGGUCAAAAUGGUGGAAGCAUGCGAGAAGACGGGACUCACAAAGGAUGACAUGCUUGUUGAACUGAAUUUCAAGCCAAAUCAGAAUGGAAUUGUCCCUGCCAUGCAAGACAAACCCGAGUUCAAGAUUGCCCCGGUGAAAGACUAUAUUAACGGUUCAAGGCCGGCAGAGCCAGAUUGGUUCUUCAAAAACCAAGACAGAACGAUGUAUGACCACAACAUAAAGGGCUACCUUGCGACAAUCAAAGAUCAGUACAGCAAGAUGCGCCCUAAUCAUCUGCUGUGUUUGACGAGGUAUGAAGGUGGUUUCUCCUGUUACAAGAUUGGAAGACAAGAUUCAAUCACGAAUAAGGAAACGUUUUCUCAAGAGGCAGUCCUUGCCUUUCAAAAGUACAUGAACGAUGAUGAUGAUGGGCCACUCUCCAACAUUUUGGAUCCUGGAUACCUCAGAAAGGUGAAGCGUGAGCUCCGCAUUCACUAUAAUUAUGGACCGACCGACGAAAUGCCUGAUGAAGAAACGAUCCGAGAUGCUUUGGAUGCCCUUCGGAUGUACGAAGAAAGUUAUGGAUAA